UGAAUGUACCGACCGGAGUUACUCCUAGUUCAUAUGUAGGUCCGAGAGAUAAGCCAUCCACUUCAUAGCUUCGUCACUUUACAGUAUUGAAGCUCUUUGACUCUUUUUCUUAUUUUCUUAGUCUUCUUUGAAUUGCAUGCAAUUAAUUCUAGAAUUAUAUACUUCCAUUUUAAUAAAGGUUGCGUUAGUGAAUAUUCGAUACUCAAAUCUUUUGUACUCAUCUUUGGAUUUUCUUCACAUAUAUAUAAGACAAGCAGAUCUAGCAUUGCUUUCUUACCUAUAGAGCAAGCUCAUACCAUCACUCACUAACUUCUUGAUCGACUCCAUCUCUCAAAACACUCACACUUCCCUUACUAAAUUAGCUUACAUCGAAGAAACUUUAGCUUUGAGAAAAAGAAAUGGGUUUCAGUUUAAAUUUUGUUCAUCCUCAACUCAAGCCUAUAGUAGCAAAGAUGUCUUUCUUUGAUGCUUUCCUGUUCUAUAUUAUACAUUGGAUGGACAAAUAUGAAGUUUGGCAUAGACUGCCGGUUCUACUUGGAGUAGCUUACCUUGGUAUCAGGAGGCAUUUGCAUCAACGUUAUAAUCUUUUGCACGUAGGAGACAUCAAGGGUCGAAAAUAUGACACCGAUGAGUAUUGUUAUCGGACAGCUGAUGGGAAAUGUAACCAUCCAUCAGAUGAUCGGAUUGGUAGCCAGGGUACAUUUUUCAGUCGUAAUAUGCCUCCUUCAAACUUACCCUACGAGCUGCUUGAGCCACACCCAUCAGUCGUUGCAGCAAAGUUAUUGGCGAGGAAAGAGUUCAUAGACAACGGGAAACAAUUCAACUUGAUUGCAUGUUCAUGGAUACAAUUCAUGAUUCACGACUGGAUUGAUCAUAUGGAAGACACUCAGCAGGUGGAAAUAAGGGCUCCUGACAACAUUGCCGAUGCAUGUCCACUGAAAUCAUUCAAGUUUCUUAAAACCAAACAAGUUCCAACUAAUACUACUGCUGGUUGGCCGUCCAAGGGUAACAACUUCUUGAUGAAUAACACUGGAUCUCUUAACACAAGAACUCCUUGGUGGGAUGGGAGUGUAAUAUACGGGAAUAACAAAGAAGGUAUGGAAAGAAUCAGAUCAUUCAAAGAUGGCAAGCUUAGGAUAUCAGACAAAGAUGGAUUACUUGAACACGACGAGAAAGGGAUACCAAUAUCCGGGGAUGUUCGAAAUUGUUGGGCUGGUUUUUCACUCUUGCAGGCUUUAUUUGUCAAAGAACACAAUACUGUUUGUGACAUGCUCAUGGUGCAUUAUCCUGAAUUUGACGACGAAAAGCUCUACCAACAUGCGCGCCUAGUGACUUCCGCGGUCAUUGCGAAAAUUCAUACCAUCGAUUGGACAGUAGAACUUUUAAAGACUGAUACUCUUGUAGCGGGGAUGAGAAUCAACUGGUAUGGAUUUCUAGGAAAGAGAAUUAAGGAUAUGUUUGGACAUUUCUGUGGACCGAUAUUCAGUGGGUUAGUUGGUCUUAAAGCACCAAGAGACCAUGGCAUUCCUUAUUCACUGACUGAAGAGUUUGUGAGUGUUUAUAGAAUGCAUUCACUUCUUCCUGAUAAACUUCAGCUAAGGGACACCAACUCGUCUUCCAUGGACGAAUGCCCUCCUAUCACUCAAGAGAUGGCUAUGAGAGAAAUGAUAGGCAAAGAAGGUGAGAAGAGACUUUCUGAAAUUGGAAUGGAGAAGAUGAUGGUGUCAAUGGGUCAUCAAGCAAGUGGGGCACUAACGUUAUGGAAUUAUCCUUCAUGGAUGAGAAACCUUGUAGCUCAUGAUAUCGAUGGCGAAGAUAGACCCGAUCCAGUUGACAUGGCUGCCUUAGAAAUUUAUAGAGAUCGGGAAAGGGGAGUGGCUCGAUAUAACGAGUUCCGAAGGAAUUUGUUGAUGAUUCCUAUAAGCAAAUGGGAAGACUUGACGGACGAUGUUGAGGUUAUUGAAGCUCUUCAUGACGUGUAUGAGGACGAUAUUGAGAAACUUGAUCUACUUGUUGGUCUUCAUGCAGAGAAGAAGAUAAAGGGUUUCGCAAUAAGCGAAACUGCCUUCUUCAUCUUUCUAUUAAUUGCGUCAAGGAGGUUGGAAGCUGAUCGUUUCUUUACAACAAAUUUCAAUUCUCGAACUUAUACCGAGAAAGGAUUAGAAUGGGUUAACAAAACUGAGAGUUUGAGAGAUGUGAUCGGCCGACAUUAUCCUGAAAUGACAAGGAAAUGGAUGAAAAGUUCAAGUGCAUUUUCUGUAUGGGAUUCAUCACCUACGCCAACAAACUGUAUACCUUUAUAUCUUCGUCCGGCACCCUAAUCAGCUUAAAUUGCUCCAAAUAUACAGAGAUACCCUGAGUUUGAGUUUGAGUUUGUAAUGUACAAUAUUCUUGGAGAGUUAGUAUAACGACGACACGGAUAGUUUGUGUAUACCGUAAGUUGAAAAGAUCUAUGCAAGUUCUUAAAGCACCAACUGUAUUCAUAUAUGACUAGAAGGCCCCGGUUCAACCUCUCGACUA